AUGAAGUGCUUGGUCUUGCCGUUAUCCUUGAUCCGAAGGCGCUCCUUGAGGUAUCGACCCCUAACAAAGGACAAAGGAUCCAACAACCCUGUCACCGUAGUGGUCGGAAAAGAGAAGAGGGUGUUCCUCGUCGAUCCUUUCAUAUUACAAGAAAACCCUUUUCGGGUUUUGAUGGACACCUCCAUGAGGAAGGAUCCAGGAUACAAGGUUCAUCGCCAUCAACAAGGAGUGGUUUUUGUCGAUGUGGAUGCCAUUUUGUUUGAGCACAUGUUGUGGCUCAUGCAUAAUGAUUGCUCUUCUUUGUUCAACCUCAAUUUGAAGGAGAUUAUUGACUUCUAUGCUCAGGAUGUGUAAUCAUAACAUUGUAAGUUUUGUGUUGCACCUUAACAUAGUAAAAUACUAUGUUUGUAUAGUAGUGAUAUCAGUU